AUGAUUCUCCCAGAUGAAAAGCUUCCUCCUCCACCUCCGUACGAGGCUCAUGAGAACCAUGGCUCGUCUUCUCGUCUACCCACCGAAAUGCCACCUUCGAGCUCGUCGCGUUCAGCAGGUGAACCCUCUGAGUCACCCAUCGAACUGACUCGAGAUGCAGGGAUACUCAUCCGAUCGUACUUGCCGAAAGAAAUCCAUUCCGCAGUCGAAGCGCGACCACUCCCUUCAUCCUCUUUACCCUUACCGCUUUGCCUCCCCCAAAUCAGUCGCCGCGCCAGAUGGGAUUCACCUUUUGCCAGGGGCUACAACGAAUGGCUCGCAGACUUAGGAAUACCUCAACAACCCUUUCUCAACUUUAUCGACGGGUUAAAUCUCGCUAUAGCUGCAUCUCCACCUCUUCGCGUUGUAGAUAUCACAGGCAAAGCUAUUGGUUAUGUGCCAUAUCACUGGGCAAUGAUCUCAGGACCUACCAUUCUACAACGCUCCGCUUCCAAAACUGGACCUUCCGCACACGUCCUCUCCAAAACCCUAACAGAUCGUUACCUUCGAGCCGCGAACCAAACCUUAUUCCAUCCCAAAGGUCUCUCCGUGCGCAUUUGUACAACUCUAGCGAUGGAAAACUUCCUACUUCGCCCACGAGGCGUUGAAUCUUCACCUGGACCGUCUAAACUAGACAAAUUCGGAAGAGCCGUUGGCGGGGUGCUCUUAAAGGUCCCCAUUCCUAUCGUCGGUCCUCUCACCAAUCGUGUUAUCCGUGCCGUUGCGGAUAAACCACCCACGGCUACUACACCGUCAACCAUGUCGAUGUCAUUUGAUACGCUCAAGAACGGAGCUUUGAGUCGUCGAUUGGCACGCACGGAAGGUAUAAGCCUUCCGGUUACCCUCGUUCACCUGCCGAGUCCUGUCAGGUUCCCAACGGGGGUGGUGGAAGCGAUAUCCUCUUGGGGUGUUCGGUUGGAUCAUGGGCAGCGGUUAGAGAAUGAAGCGCAGAGGAAGACCGAAAAACGGAGAAGAGCGUUGGCUGCUGAAAGGAUGGGAAUCGAUCUGGGGUCGUUGAAUCCGGGAUCUGAUAGUACACAAAGGAUGUGGAGGGAGUAUGAUAGAGAGGCGAGGGGGGAGUCGAGAACGGGUGGAGGGAGGAGUGGUGGGUUGUUGUCUCUGGUUCUAGGACCGGACCUGAGUCCGAUGGAAAGUCGAGUGGCGAAUUCAGAACUUCUUGAACAUUGGGCGGAUGAAAAGGUGUUGUGGGUCGUGGUUAUGAGCUCUGAAAAUGACAAAGCAAUCGAUGAUAUUAGUAAAGCGGACGAGAAGGAAAAUGAAGAACGGGUUGACGAGAAAUCAUGGAAGAAAGAGAUGGAGAAUGAAAGGGAGAUUCUAGAAGAGAAUUUGGAUGAACUUGGUCAGUUUGAAGACCAUGAUCAAAAAGAUCCUCGAACAUAG